UUUCGUACGAUGGCCGGUUUUGCAAAAGAACCUUUGCCUAGCUCGAGCGGCGGCUUUAACAGCAAAACUGCGUUGGAACAUGCAAAAUCAAAAAAAUCUGCCGACGAUGCUGCAACGCGUCCAAAGCCCAAGAAAGCCUCAGAGUUACCUUCUGUAGAAAGGAAAAACUGGCUGGUUCACAUGCAUUUGGUUAGGAAGGAAUUUAACACUUGCAAACUGCUCAUAAGGGAGCAACUGAAUGAGACCCACGGCAUGUGCGAAUAUGCAUUAUACGUACAAGGUCUUAUACUGCGUCGAGAAGGGCAAAUUAAAGCAUCGAUGGAGAUGUUCCAGUCCUGUGCUUUGCUCAAUGGAGACACCACCAACCUGGAACAAGUUGCCCGUUCCUUAUUUCUUUCGGGAAGGCAUCAAGCUGCUAUUGAUAUUUAUGAAGAGUGUAUUCAGCUGGGUGCUAAAGACUGGGACAUGUAUCAUACACUCGGAUUGUGUUACAUGAGGUUGCAAAACCUCGAGAAGGCAAAAGAAUGUUUCACAGAAUCACUUCACCUGAGCCCACAUGAUGAGACGGCUGUUGUCCUUGGUCAACUACUUGAAACUAUGGACGAUGUCAAGGGAGCAGUUGCAACGUAUAGAAAAGCUCUAGAUUACCACCCAGAGAGUGCAGAGCUCAAUACCAGGCUAGGACUGCUUUAUAUUCAGUGUGGCGUGUACCAAAAGGCAUUCGAAAGACUUGGAGCUGCUUUGGCGUGCGACGCCACGUACACUGCAGCAGUCCUGGCAGCUGGAAGUAUCAUGCAGACUUAUGGGGACUAUGAUGUCGCCCUUUCCAAGUACAGAGUAGUAGCACCAACUGCUCCAGAAAAUCCAGCUUUGUGGAACAACAUUGGAAUGUGCUUUUUUGGAAAGAAGAAAUAUGUGGCAGCUAUCAGCUGUCUAAAAAGGGCAAACUACCUGUCACCUCUCGACUGGCAGGCACUGCAUAAUCUGGGAUUCGUUCAUCUGACCAUGCAACAAUACGCAUCGGCAUUUCAUUUCCUCAGUGCUGCGGUCAACCUCAACCCUCAAAGUGGUCAACUUUACAUGCUUCUUGCACUUGCCCUGAAAAACCUGCAAGACCCAGAAAAUGCCAAGACAGCGUACCAAAAGGCCUUGCGACUGGAUAAUGACCCUGUAGUGUGCCUCAACUUCGCAAUUCUGCUCUUCAACUCUGGGGACCACAAGAAAGCCAGUGAGCUGCUAAAUGAUUUUGAGGUCCGCUGUUCUGCGGCGCAAAGGAGUCCCGCUAUUGAAAUGGAUGCUGGGGUAGUACAAAUGGCAGGCAACUUAGCUUCCUGCCUGCGGGCAAGCCACAAGGAUGAGGUUUCAGGGCAAUCUUCGUCCCCUCAAGGAGAAGCUGACACGCAGCCACAAGCCUCGCCGGAAGAAUCGUAACGUCUUCUAACAACGCCAUGCUCUUGGAAUAAUAGCAGUAGCAAGCGCAUCCGGGUCGUUCCAACAUCCUUCACAGAUCUUCAGGAAGAAAUACUGUGUGGAUCGAUUUCCAAGAUUACGAAACGAAACUACUAAUACGUGUACUAUACAUACGUAUACUCCAGCUGCAAGUUACGCAAGUUGCAAAAUGUGAAUUACGGGAACAACUAGAUUGUAUUCACUGAAAAUAAAUAAAUUUUGUAGAAC